CCAAGAGAUGAGGAAGCCAAAGUGCUGUCUGCUUCCGUAAUAAAAAACAUAGUAAGUUCUGAACUGCAGUUGAACAUUAUGGGAAGAAAAAUUCAAGAGAUAUCACCUCCAAGGCCUACAUAUAACGUAUCAAGGCCUUCUCCUGUGAUGCGUGGCAAGCAAAAAUUAAGAAAUUUGCCAGAAGAUAGGCCGCAUUUGAGAAUCUGUUUGCACGAAUGCGAAUCAUCUAAUAGCGAGCACGAGGAGGAUGAUGAUAGGAAGAAUUUUAGCAGCAGCUCGAACGACGACGGUAAUGAUAUUGGUAUCGACUUUGACUUGAAUAUCUUCAUAGAGAACAAUGAGAAAGGAGAAUGA